AUGAAUCAUUACCUCUCACGCGAACUUGGCCGGGGGCAGAAACUCCUGUACGUCGCACCUCGACGUCGGGAAAUACACGGAACCCCGAGAGGGAGUUUCGCUAUGCUCUACUCCAAAGGCGCCCCUGGAAUCUUUCUGCUACUCGCAAAACCCAACUUCACCACUCGCCCCGGCGUCAUUAUGCGUGACCGGGACCCAGACACUGAAGCAAGGGUAUCAGAAACAUUCCUACAGAGUCCCAGUAAUAUAUUCAGGUUGAUGCCUGUCUGUCUCAUGCAAAUGAUCAUCGAAAACCUACAUAUAAUCGAUGUACUCCAUUUCGGGCUUACUUGCACCGACGCCUGGUGCGCAGUAUGGCCUACCCUCUGGAAAUUCAGCCUCAGUUCUCUGGGUACCUGGGCGGGUACACCCAUACUAUGCGGUGCAGAGGGACCAAGGGAGUUGGGGAGUUAUGACCCGCCUGAGCCGCCUACGGGAGACCAGUACGUGCAGGGCAUAAACAGACUGCUUCAAGGUCGGGCAUCCGAUAGGAUUCGUCCAAGAAGGCGAUCCGGAUCCUUGCCGAUGAAUAGCCAGCGAAAUGGGAUCUCAGGCCGACCAAGUUCAAUUAAUCCAAACCGACCGGCUGCCUUUGCGGAUGACCUUGAGGCAUUGGAUGACUUAUUGGUUGACGUAUUGAACAGUCUAUCGAAUGGCCUACCAAAUGGCCAACUGUAUGGGACCAGUCAAGAAAGGCCGUCACGGCCGGUCAUGGGCCGUAUUCUGGGUCCAACAAAUAGACAUAGUAUUCGUCAUGGGCAGCCGAACGCAACUCCUAGGCUGAGACCAUUGGAACGUGCUCGACGGCGAGUCAAUAGGCUCUACCCAGACCUGCAGGAUCGGAAUCAUCCAUAUGACAAUCAUCCAAGCCAGCCGAAUGGGGUUCCCCAUAAUCGUCCGAACGGUAUCCAUUCGAACGAAAGAUCUGGGACUGCCUGGGUCCAUGCAGAUGGUGUCAUUUCAACCAACCAGAUUUAUAGGGAUGAACUUCGAAAUCAAAGGUACCGCGAAAUUUUGAUUGAAAUGAGGAAUAUGCCAAAUAGAGCGAAUGGGACGAACGCGACGAACACGACGAACGGGGUGAAUGGGGUGAAUGGGACGCACGGAGUGAAUGGGACGAACGGGGUGAAUGGAGUGAAUGGGACGAACAGGGUGAAUGGGACGAACGGGGUAAAUGGAGUGAAUGGAGUGAAUGGAGUGAAUGGAAUGAACGGAGUAAAUGCGAAUGUUCCAGCACAGCCGUCCGACUCUGGCCCACACCGGGCAUUGAUAAUAGAAGCCCUUCCGACCCCCCUCGUUCAUCAGGCCUGGGCAUUUUUCAAGCAGACCAGAGAUGUAAUCAAUGACUGCUUACCUCCCGAUCUCCAUAUGCCAGCCAAUGCAUAUAUCAGGACCAGCGCCUACUACCCGGCUGACCUGUUGACUAUCAUUAACCCUUGUCCAGCGAGCCUCUACCGCACCGAGCCCGGCGAUGAGUGGAUCCUUAGAAGCCUGACGGCGCGCCAGUACGUCCGCUCAACCGCAAUUGCCUUGCAUCCUGGAUACAUCAAAGGACCGUUCAUCAUGGGCAUCGGCUUUGGCGAGGUGAUCUUCGCCAUGACCGUGUGGACUCAUACGAGCAGGGGCCGCUGGGCUGGUCAUAGCCUAGAUAUCAUUCUUCUAAGCCAGCUAGAAGAAGAAGAAGAAGACGGCGGAGAUUGGGAGGACGUAGGAGACUAUGUCAGGCAGUUCAUUCACGAGUCCUUCAGGAUGCAUUACGGCGAGAACUGGCAGGAAGAGGCUGUGAAGCUUGCGUGGUAA